AUGGAUAUUCAAGCAGGAACUUUAAUUACGCUUGUCCAAGAGAGACCUGUUCUGUGGGAUAUGACCGAAGACGUCUAUAAAGACAAAAACUUAAAGUUAGCAGCAUGGCGUGAAGUAUGUUUAAUACUGAAACCAAACUUCGAUAAACUGGAUGAAAAAGAAAGAAAACAGUACGGAAAACAGGUUUCAACUAAAUGGAAUAAUAUACGAGAUUCGUGGCUUAAGACAGUAAAGAAACAAAAAGAUGAGUCUAAAUCUAGAUCUUCGGCCAAAAAGACACGAAAUUAUUUAUAUCACGAGCAAUUAAUGUUUUUGAAAAAAGUCUCCGAACCUCGACCACCACAUGAGUCAGUUUCAAAAAAAGCAAGAACCGAGACUGAUGUUGGCAUGGAAUCAGAUUUUCGUUCACCUUUAAUUAAAGAUAAAAGAAAAAUUGAUUAUAAAGAGGUAAAUGACAGGAUACUAAAGUUUUUGGACUCCAGAAUAAACCCAGAAAAGGAAAAUUAUCAUCUGUCUUUCUUCAAAGGCAUUAUACCAAUCUUGAACACUUUAACUAUCGAAGAGACUUUAGAAUUUCAAGCUAGCGUCAUGAUAAUGUUGCAAAAAAUUAAAAGUAGGAAUUAUGAGAGACCAAAUUACGGACAUUGA